AACUCGGCACCUUAAGAACGGAACUUCGAAAUUUGCCGAAAGCGUCUCAACUUAUAUACUUCCACGCGCCAGUGUUUGCAACAUUACCAAAUCAUCGGGUCGCACAUAAAUCACAACCUCCAUGUUCCCCUAACCCAUUUUUCUUCAACUUUUGAGGGAGGACGGGCUCCUGCAGGCACAAGGCGACGUCGCGCUGCAAGACGUAAGACAAACCUGGCCCAUCAUGGAGGUUGCUGAGAUCGAUAAUGAUACGAGGGGAUGGAUCAUGUGCCUAGUGAGCGGCGUUGCUUGCAUGAUAGGAUCCUGUAUUAUCUACGUCGAUGUAAUUGUGCGGCUUUUCCCCGGGAAGAAGGAUUUCCGAAUACAAGACAGUAAUACCUUUCUCGCCUGUUCACUAAGCUUGAGCUUCGGCGUUAUGAUAUUUAUGUCGUUAUACAGCAUGCUGCCCGAAGCAAGGGAUUACCUUAAGAAAGGGGGUUUUCCGGACCAGACAGCAGGCUUUGUCUUGAUAGGAUGUUUCGUUGGUGGCUUCGUGGGAAUUCAAAUACUUUCGAGAUUAUUUCACCAACUUCUACCAUCACAUGUUGUCGAUUGCGAUCACAGCCACGAUGAUCAUGCUUUAGAUAGCCAUAAUCAUUCAGACGAGAAUGGUCUUAGUCGAAGGUUAUCGUCCCAUGCUCAUAGCGGUGGUAGACAUCCCCAGUCCAUACAUGUCCAUCUUCGCGGCUCAAAGCCCAGUGCCAGUGAGAAUGGACAUGUUAAUGAAGUUACGCCGCUGCUCUCCAGGGAAAUAUCGAAUGAAUCACAUCAUGUGCGGCCACUCAGGAGAGCGGAGACUGCUGGUCCUACAGAGACAACCCCUCAUAUCAUAUUGCGCGGAACCCGCAGCCGGGCUGCGACGGUGGAAAGACGACCGUCGAUGUUGCAGAAGCGGGUCAUGUCUUUCGUGAAGGACACUAAACCGAACUGUGACGAGGCUGGCCCAUGCUUUGGAUAUUCGGAUCCAUGCGGCCAAGAAUGUUUCAAACACCUUUCCAACAGAACUGGGCUCUUGUCUCGAGUCGGGACCACUUUACUUCGUACUCCUGCUACUGGACAUAGCGAGCCCUGUAUAGAUACCGUGGAGGAAGAUGGCGACCACGACCACUCCUCUCCGGUAAGCCCUUCAUAUCGGACAAGCCGAGCACAUUCGCAUGACCCCGAACACGAAGACGUAUGUUUCUCAGAGACAUCCGAAGACCUCGAAGCUCAACACCACCACCAUGUCGCCGAAAACGCCUUCUUGUCCAUUGGCCUACAGACCUCGAUUGCCAUCGCGCUGCACAAGUUCCCGGAAGGCUUCAUCACAUACGCCACGAACCACGCGAACCCAGCGCUAGGCUUCAACGUGUUCCUCGCACUCUUCGUGCACAACAUCACCGAAGGCUUUGCGCUCGCGCUACCAUUAUACAUGGCGCUGCAUAGCAGGCUGCGCGCCAUGCUGUGGUCGAGCAUUCUAGGCGGCCUGUCGCAGCCUCUCGGCGCCGGCAUCGCCGUGCUGUGGUUUAAGCUAGCCCAGCACCACUCCAACAUCGACCCGGACGCCGUCGCCUACGGCUGCCUCUUCGCCGCCACAGCCGGCAUCAUGGCCUCUGUCGCCCUCCAGCUCUUCGUCGAGAGCCUGAGCCUGAACCACAACCAGAACUUGAGCAUCCUGUUCGCGUUCCUCGGCAUGACCCUGCUCGGCGUCAGCAACGCUUUCACCGCGCACGCGCACUAGCAUUUG